GAUUUGUAACCACAAAAGGCCGAGGAUUCCAUUCUCGGGAUAGCUGCUCAGAUCACUGUUACCAACUCACCGGUUUCAUUCUUCUCAACCGGCUCCGCCGCCUCGGCCGCCGCCGGAGAUUAACGAUGCCGCUGAGAAGGCUUUUGGAGUUGGAGCCGCCGAGCCCACUGAGGUACCUCAUCGGCGCGGCGAUCAUGUUGGUGGGCGUUGUCUUGCCGCUGAGUUACAUGAUUUUGCGCAACAAGAGAGUUCCUUCGUCAUCCACCUCUCUCUCUAAGCAGACGUAGGAGCAUCUAAAGGUUGACUAGAUCUUGGUACUUAGAUUCUUUUUCUAACAGUCACUCUGGUCUGUGUGGAGUUCGCGUUUCAAGGAUGUGGAAGCUAAAAAGCUUCUACAGUUGGCUGGUAUGGUGUACGGAAAUGAUUUCAUUUUGAUGGUUGAAUGAUUUGUUCUUAUUUGUUAGAAGAAGAUAUGGCGCUUAUUCGUGUUAAAAUAUUUCUUUUUCAUGUUUUGUUCAUUGAAAUUAGCUUAUUAGUGGAAAUUCAACUGAUGGUUUUUUUUCAUUGA